AGCAAAGUCGUUGGAUCCAUCGAGGAGGGACAAAAAAACAGCUGAAAGAAACAUGCAAAACAGUUUCUUUUAAAGUUGAGAUUUGUAUUCACUGAAAAAUUCAUUUUCCGACACAUUGAAAUGGCUUCAUUGAAACUUCCAGAGAUUGUUCCUUCUCCUACACAAGACACUGAACGUCUUAGAAAGGCUUUCCAAGGACUUGGAACAAAUGAAAAGGAGUUAAUUUUGGUAUUAGGACACAGAAAUGCUCAACAAAGGAAGGAAAUUAAAGAAACUUAUCAGAAGCUUUAUAAUGAAUCACUCAUUGAUCAUCUUCAAUCUGAACUCUCUGGUGAUUUUAGAAAUGCUAUAAUUCUCUGGACUUACGAUCCUUCAGAAAGGGAUGCAAAACUGGCGAAGGAAGCAUUGAAGGUUAAGCGAAAGGGGAUCAAACAGCUGCAGGUUCUGGUUGAAAUUGCGUGUGCGUCGUCUCCUAAUCAUUUGAUGGCUGUGAGACAGGCUUACUGCUCUCUUUUUGAUUGCUCACUUGAGGAGGACAUUAUCGCCUCAGUUUCUCAGCCCCUUACAAAGCUUUUAAUAGGCCUAGUAAGCUCAUACAGGCACGACAAAGUGACAGUCAAUUUAGAGGUUGCAAAGUCAGAGGCAGAAAAACUACAUGAAGCCGUCAACAAUAAGAAAUUAGACGAUGAUCAUGUUGUUUGGAUACUUUGCACCAGGAAUGUUUUCCAGCUCCGGGAAACUUUUGCAUGCUACAAGCAACUUUAUGGCCAUACAUUUGAAGAGGACAUCCAAAAUUGUGGUAAAGGUGAUUUGGCAUCUCUCUUAAAUGUGGUAGUAUGGUGCAUAGAGUGCCCUGAGAGACAUUUUGCGAAGGUUGUAAGGGAUUCUAUCGUCGGGAUAGGAACGGACGAAGAUUCCCUCAACAGAGCUAUCGUAACUCGAGCCGAAAUCGACUUGUCAAAAGCUAGAUUCGAAUAUGCUAACAUGUACAAAUCAAGUAUAGAUGAUGAUGUCAUUGGAGAUACCUCAGGUGACUACAGAGAAUUUUUAUUGACUUUGCUAGGAAAAGGACCAAAAGGAGAUUAAUACAUCACAACAAGAAGCACCUCUUAUGCUGUUCUGAGGUUGCUUUAAAUCUUCAUUUGAUGGUUUAAAUUAUGUUAUCCAUGUUGCCACUCUAUUUCAAAAAAUUAGAAUUCAAAGUUGAAAUUAAAACCAUAUGUGUGUGCGUGCAUGCGUGUUAUUCUGAAUUGACUUUGUUUGUAUAUUAUUAAUUGAUUGUACCUUUAUUUGAUGAUGUAAAAUAUAUAGUAGUUGCUAUAUAUAAUGGUUGCAAUUAUUUGAGUUCUUUAAAGAAUA